CUUUUUCCUCUACUCUCCUCUUCUUUUCCGGGAGGCUCGGUUUGUUGAUAGCGCGCAUCCUGUUCUGAGGAUAAUUAAACGAGAGUUAACCACAUCCACGCUCUUUUUCCUUCAAUGCUCCUUAUCAGUCGCGUAUCACGGGCGAUACGUUUGUCGCGCUGCCAUUCAGUCGGAAUGAGCCUUCCAAUAAUCCUAUCCAGUUCGAGAAUAUAAUCUCAACAUUUGCGGAUGCACUGCGGUAGGACGGCCGGAUGUCGGCCGUAGAGAGCGGUGUCUCGUGAUUAGUUAAAAUCACGAGACUGAUAUUGCACUUUAGUCAGUCGCCGAUAUACCGUCUUCGCAAGUACGCCAGCUCGACGAAAAUACGAUAAAUCGUUUGCUUUCUCUCUCUCUCUCUUCUUUUCCAACUCGUCUCAAACGUCCGGAAAGCAUCGGUCGUCAUGCCUCUACGCGACCUUGUUCUCCUGUCGAUCUCGAUCAGUUACCUCUCUGUGUCGUCGGCGAUCGUCGAGACGCAGGAGUUGUCUCCCAGGAUCUCGUCGAAGCCCAUACAUAUGAUCUGGAAUAUACACCUGCAGGAUCUGUCGGACAGGUGGAGGAUGGUGAACCCGGAGGUCCAAGUACGAACGGAGCCUCAAAAGCAGAGAGAGAAUCAGGUUUUAGACCACAAGUCUGAGCUCGUCGAUAACUUUGAAUACGUCGACCAAAAUCUUGACGAAUUCGCGGCGAAGACGCAUUCGGCGGCAGACGAGAGGAAGGAGGAUAGACUGCAGGAUAAGAUUGCAAAGCGUGAGAAGUUCAAUCAACUGGAGCAUAUCAUCAUGCAGCCACCAUUCUGCCCGGAAGGCCAAGAGAUGGACAGUAAAGGAAUCUGCAGACCCCUCAUACUAUCGCAAGAGGUUUUGAAUGAGCGAAAGACUAAACGACCAAAUCGCAUUCCGUUUACCCGCCUCGCUCUUCCAUAGGAUAUCAAUACACUGAAAAUAUAUAUCGAGCUGUUCCAUUUUAUAAAUAAAACAAUGUCACCAGGUAACGGACACGUGUACAUUUC